AUGUGCGGCGCGGCAGGUGAGCACGGCACGACAGCGGCGGGCUGCGCACGGUCGGGCGGCAGCGAGCUGCGCCACGACGCGGCGGCGGUGGUUGCGCACGGCCCGGCGGCGGCUCGCGAUAGAGGACGGCGGCCGAAUGGCCCGCCGCAGCAGCCCGCGUCUUCAUCCCCAAAUCCACGCGAGCCGCCGCGCCACCUCGCCGGUGAGUCUGCAUCCCUGCCGGACGUCGACGAUUUGCUGCGGGAGAUCCUGCGCCGUCUUCCCCCGCAGCCGUCCUCCCUACCCCGCGCCUCCGCGGUCUGCACGCGUUGGCUGGGACUCGUCACCGACCCCAAGUUCCACCGCCAGUUCCGCGAUCACCACGGGAAGCCCCCACUUCUCGGCAUAUUCGAGUUGGGCACCACGCGGAUCGUGUUCAAACCCUUACUGAACCCUCCUGAGUGCAUCCCUUCCCAGCGAUUGGACCUUGGACGCUACAGCCAGCGCUGGCAUUACGAUUUGCUCGAUUCCCGCCACGGUCUCGUCCUUGUCAAAGACCUGAACCAGAAUCAGGUUGUUGUGUGCGACCCCAUCACCGGCCACCACCGCUGCUUGGCUGUUCCGUCCGAGUUAAAGAUGGACAACCUCGGAGGGGCGGUGCUCUGUGCUGCUGGUGACCAUGGCCACCCAAACCCCUUCAAGGUGGUCUUGGUGUCCACGGCUACAAGUGAUGAUCAACCCCUCGCCUGUGUUUACUCUUCGGAGACUCGCAUAUGGAGCAAUCCCAUGUCAGCAGAGGCUCCAGGUCAGUUUAGUGAUACCGGUGUUCCUCCGACACUUAUCGGUAGCGCAGUCUACUGGUUAUCCGUGAGUGAUCUCAUGCUUAAAUUUGAUUUGGAUAAGCACAUCCUAGCUGCGAUUAGUGUGCCUCCCGUUACAGAUGGUACCUACUAUCGAAACCGUCGGAUCAUCCAGGCUGAGGAUGGCACUAUUGUCUACGCCAUAUUGUCUUAUCCUAGCUUCCAAAUGUGGCAGGGGAACGUCAAUGGUCAUGGUGUUGCCACAUGGCUGCUUCCGAAGACCAUUGACAUGCAUACAUUUCUAGGACUCCCUUCUCAGAUUAGUGAAGUGUUGGGAUGGCUGCUCGGGUAUGAUGAGGAUACUGAUGAAAUAUUUGUGUAUGUGAGACCCAAUGUCUAUGGGGUUCAACUUAAGUUGAUGCAGUCCAGGAAACUUCAUGAAACCAGUUGUGUCAAUCCCUACUAUCCUUUCAAGAGUUUCUAUACACCAGCGAUUUACGAAGGUGAUGAAGCUGACAUGUUGCACCAUCCAUAGGAUGGCUAUCUCUGGUUUGAUGUGCUAAUGUGCUGAAAUGGUUCUGAGAACAGAUCAUGUUGCUGAGACUGAACAGAGACGUGGAUGUGCGUCUACUAGUUAGCUAUCUUUGUCCCCUCCAGUUUUCGCCUACUGUAUGUGAUAUUCUCUUCAAGUGAUGCUGGGCAUUCCUUUUGAUUUGAUGAUGUACACUAGUGUGCCCGUGCAGCCAAUCAGUUCGCUUUAGUAGCCCCAGUAAGAUAGAUAGUGACUAUUGUUUGGUACACUGAAUGAAUUCUGAUGAUGAGCCUUGUUUCUUCAGUCGGGCAAUAAGAGUACGCAGUGGUACUAGUGAUACAAUCUGGGAUUAUGACCUCAA